AUGGCCAAGCAGCAAGUUGAGAAUUUUGUCGGCGAUGCGUUGAAGGCUGUUGUGGAGAUGGACUCAGAUCUCAAGAGGGAUUUGAGGGCAGUGAAGGAUAAGAUUAAAGGAGGGAUUACGGAAGUAAUUAAGCAGUUGCACGUUUAUGAGUUGAGUGAUAAAGUGACUCAGGAUUUGGGGACGUUGAAGCAAAAGAUUAAAAGGCUUGGCGAUGAUGGUGAAGUGAAUGGUCUUGUAAGUGGGCAGUUGGCUGAGCUUAAUGAUCAGAAAACUGAUCUAGACAGGCUUGCUGGUAAUACUGGCAGAAUUAAGACGGAGAUGGACAACCUUACAACUCAUUUUGAAAGAGAGAUCAAGACUCCGCUUAACGAAAGGGUCAAAGCAGUUGACUCGGCGAUUGAGACGCUUGGAGGGAAGUUUAAAGAGCUGAACUCAGAUGAGCAAAAGAAACUUGAAAAGAUUUUCGAGCAUAUUAAAGAUAGGGUUGCGGCAAUUAAGGGGACGGCGGGAAACGGAAGUUGGGAUAACUCAGGUGGCCAAGGCCUGGAAGGGAUUAAGAGUAAGGUGGAGAGUUAUUUUAACAACUUCACCGGGAGUAACGGUACCAUGUUUAACCAAAUUGUGAAAGGCUGGAUUGAAGAGACUAUUUUGCCGUACAAUGGCGCGCUGUUGAGGAUGCUUGGGAAAUCUCCGGCUUACAAGAAGGAUGGUGAUAGUAACAUCACCAACGUCGCAAAUGCUUUCAAGGAACAGCUUGAGAACGACGCAACUGCAGCCGGUAAAAAGGUUGUAGACGGAAACAAUGGCGCUGACGGCGACGCUCAAAAGAUUCAUGCAUACGUCAAUGCUGUGAAACAAGGUUGCGACGCGUUCGCCGAUGCGCUUGAUAAGAAGCUGCAUAAUAAUGGGUUCAGUGGAAUAUACUCCGAGGUCAAGCAGAAGAUGCAGGAUAACAGUUUCAAACCCACAAAAUGCAUCUGCGAGAGCGUAGGCUGCGCAAACUGCGGUUGGAACAGCCACGGAACCGAUUGUAAGGAAAAGGCUUUCCUCGCUGCCGUCCUCUGCACACUCUCCUCUGUCUCCCGCCAGGUCGGCAACGAACUGAAUUCAGUGCUGCUCGCCGGCGAAAAGGAAAACAGCAUCGCGGGAAUCCUGGACGCAGUGUACGAGAAAACCAGGGAGUUUCACAAUCAGCUUGACCAGGCGACUACCCCUGACCCUCCCACCGACCCUCCCGAAAGCCCCGCCCAAGCCGUGGACGGUAAGUUGGAGGCGGUGAGGGAUUUCGUAGGAAAAGACAAGCUUACCGGUAUUUUUUAA